AUGCCAGACUGGACACCUCCUAUACCGCGGCCCACCAGCGCACUCGCAUUCAGCAGUCUCAUGGCAGACAUUCUGCGCCUGCCAGAAGAAACACUCGCCAUGUCAUUCAUAUAUAUCAACAAAUACCAGCGCUUCUGCAACUCCAUCAACCAAGAAAAUGACAUGCACGUUCCCAUUCUCGACCCUCAUACUCUCUCCCUGGCAAGUCUCAACCUCGCAUCCAAAACAACCGAGGCAACACGGCGUCUUCGCGAAUUUCUACUGCCCGCAUGGCGUCUCCUGCACGCGCACGAGGUUCCCGUAAAACCAUUGACGUUCCCCUCGCCACUGUACGAUUCUGUGCGCGCAACGGUAGUACAGGCCGAGCUCAUACUUUUGCGCGUGCUUCAAUUCGAUCUACGAGUAUCGCUUCCACUACACUUCGUCCCCCGCUAUCUUGACCGAACUGUCGGGGAAGUGAACAUCCCGUCGGGUCCGUGGCAGAGCUGUCUGGAUGGACCGUAUGAGGCCAUAGGCCAAGAGUACCGUGACGAAUACCGCAUGGUAGAUCUCAUGGAGACAGCUGUUGCGCGGGCAUGUACCGCUAGAGCUGUUGAUGCAUGCCGCUCAUAUCAUCUGUCCAACUUUUUUCCCGCGCGCACGAUUGCCGCUGCCUGCAUCUAUACCACUCUCGAAGAACGUGGCUUACAGCCUGUCGUGCCUAUUCAACCUCCUGCAUCUCCUGUCUCAGGCUCCAAUGAUCCGUCCCCUUUGAAAUCAAGUCUAUCAUCUACCUUACCGUCACCAUCGGUAGAAGCACACCGGGAUCAAGACGGACGUCAGGCCGUAGUGGAACAUUUCGAUCAAGGAGUAAACCGGGAUCAACAGGAAAAGCAACAAGAAAGCCCGGAAACCCAGCAUCAACGGCAUGAACAGCAUACCGCCGCGCUAUCGACAUGGCUGGACAGCGUGACGGGCGGAAAAGUCCAUGUUGAGGAUUUUGUCGAGUGUAUUUCCGAGCUGAGAAAAUUAGUGCAGGAUACCAUUGUCAAGAUAUCUACAGCAAUACAAACACCAACGUGA